UUCAUUGAAUCUGCGGAUUUCGUGACGCCUUCUUCUUACGCGAUCGUUCAGUGCUCUGCUUGUCUGGCUUUAGUAUUUGUCCCCAGACUCUUUUCACUCUCCCUCUCUUUUCUUUCUUUCUUUCUCUCUCUCUCUCUAUCUCUCUCUCUCUAUUUUUCUUUGUAACGUUUAAUGAUCCCACUGGAAUCGGUUUAACUCUCUAUGAGCAGGGUUAGUGGUAUAAAUAUCAGGGUGUUUUUGUUCUUUCUGCGACUCCUGGAACUGCUGGAGCUAAGCAAAUGGGGAGAUAUGCCACUACCGCAGAAAUCUCCGCUGUUAUUUGAAACGAUUGCAGUUUGCUUUCAACGUUUUGAAUGAAUCACCGCUCGACAACCCCCGGCUUGGUGUCUAAAGGGGGGAUCAUGAGUGGAUGAAACCUGAGUGCUCCUCUUUAGGCACUAAUCAUGGAACAAUCAAAGAGAAGGAUUGAUCCAUAGACCAGUCAUUGAGAAAAUCUCUGCUCACUGGGUUGAGACUCUGGAGGAUAACAUGUAUCCAAUGAAGAGGUUUGCCUGAAAGCUUGGUAAAGUGUUGAUUCCUGCCCAGUCUCUGCGGCCCUUUCCUCUUACGGAUGCCACCAGCUCAAAUCCUUCAGGAAAGCCCAAUGGAGCAGGAUGUGGAGAGCCCAAUCACUAUCAGACAGCCCAAGCUGCCAAAGCAAGCAAGAGAGGACCUGCACAAACAAGUGGCUGAAAAAGAAAAGGCUAGAAGAAAAAUUCAGAGAUACGUCCGUAAGGAUGGGAAGUGCAAUGUCCAUCAUGGGAACGUUAGAGAAACAUAUCGGUAUCUGACUGAUAUUUUUACAACUCUAGUAGACCUAAAAUGGAGAUUCAAUUUAUUCAUUUUUGUUUUGGUCUACACUGUGACAUGGCUUUUUUUUGGCAUGAUAUGGUGGCUAAUUGCUUAUAUUCGAGGAGAUCUGGAACAUAUAGGGGAUACCAAAUGGACCCCUUGUGUCAAUAACCUGAAUGGGUUUGUUUCUGCAUUUUUAUUCUCUAUAGAAACUGAAACUACAAUUGGAUAUGGUUACAGAGUAAUAACGGACAAGUGCCCAGAAGGAAUUGUUCUUCUUUUGGUGCAGUCAGUUCUGGGCUCUAUAGUUAAUGCAUUUAUGGUGGGCUGCAUGUUUGUAAAAAUCUCCCAACCCAAAAAAAGAGCUGAAACAUUAGUUUUUUCUACUCAUGCUGUCAUCUCCAUGCGGGAUGGUAAAUUGUGUCUAAUGUUCAGAGUGGGGGACCUGAGGAACUCACAUAUUGUUGAAGCGUCAAUACGGGCUAAACUGAUCAAAUCCAAGCAGACAAAAGAAGGUGAAUUCAUCCCUUUGAAUCAAACUGAUAUCAAUGUGGGCUAUGACACCGGGGAUGAUCGUCUCUUUCUAGUAUCACCUCUCAUUAUCUGCCAUGAGAUCAACCAGCAUAGCCCUUUCUGGGACAUUUCCAAAGAUCACUUGGCCAAGGAAGAGCUGGAAAUUGUAGUCAUUCUGGAAGGAAUGGUGGAAGCAACAGGAAUGACUUGUCAAGCCAGAAGUUCCUAUGUGACGAGUGAGAUCCUCUGGGGCCACCGCUUUACACCUGUUCUUACCCUGGAAGAUGGUUUUUACGAGGUGGAUUACAACAGUUUCCAUGAAACCUAUGAGACAAACACACCGACCUGCAGUGCCCACGAGCUGAUGGAGAUGACUGCCCGAGAAGGGCUGCCUCUCAGCUGGUCAGUAGCUAGCAAGCUAAAUCAGCACGCAGAGCUAGAGACUGAGGAAGAAAAGGAUAAAGGGACAAGCCGCAAUAACAAAGAGCAGACUGAGCGGAACGGAGAUGUCGAGAGAAUGGAGAAUGAAUCAAAGGUGUAGACCUGCAGAGUGGGCUUAAGGCAGUGUGUAUGCUUGGUUUCACUGCAGAAGUAAAUCGAUUUUCUAGAACUAUAUAAAGUAGUUCACACAUUUCAGUUUUACUCUUCUUUUAAGCUGUUCAACCUAUAAUAAGCAAUCAAGAGAACUGGUUAAAGGGGGGUAAUGUACAGUAUUACUAAUAGCUGCUGGACAAGAGCAUGUAUUUUUAAU